GAGAAAAAAGGGCAAACCACGUGGUUUUCGCUAGCCAUCAAGAAGUUCUGGGAGAGAAGAUCAGAAGAACAGAGAGAGGUCAGAAGACAGAGCGAGAGGUUUUAGAGCUUUCGAACAGAAAUCUCAAAUCAAAUUAACAUGAUCCUGUAAUAUGGGAUUGAAAGGCGUCUCCUCGGCGCCCGGCGAUUUUAUAUACUUCAAGUCUCAGGUCCCCCUUCAUCGGAUUCCGAUUGGCACCAAGCAAUGGCGAUACUAUGAUUUUGGCCCGAAAGUUGUACCUCCUCUUAUAUGUCUUCCUGGAAUAGCGGGGACGGCAGAUGUCUACUACAAACAAAUACUCUCUUUGGCAAUGAAGGGUUACCGAGUGAUUUCUGUCGAUAUUCCACGUGUAUGGAAACAUCAAGAGUGGAUUCAAGCAUUUGAAAAGUUUUUGGAUACUAUAGACGUUCAUCAUAUACAUAUUUAUGGCACUUCACUUGGGGGAUUUCUAGCACAACUUUUUGCUCAACAUCGGCCAAGACGCGUUAAAUCUUUGAUAUUAUCCAAUUCAUUUAUUGAGACCAAAAACUUUUCUGCAGCAAUGCCAUGGGCUCCAGUUGUUAGUUGGGCCCCCUCUUUUUUGCUGAAAAGGUAUGUCUUAACAGGAAUUCGUGAUGGCCCUCAUGAACCGUUCAUUGCAGAUUCCGUAGACUUUGUUGUUUCUCAGGUGGAAAUGCUUUCUAAAGAAGAUUUAGCAUCGAGGCUGACCCUAACAGUUGAUGAUGCCUCAAUUGGGCCUCUUCUUCUUCCAGAUUCGUCUAUUACCGUAAUGGAUACAAAUGACUAUUGUGCGAUUCCACUUCAACUCAAAGAUCAACUGAAUGAAAGGUAUUCUGGAGCCAGGAGAGCAUACUUGAAAACAGGGGGCGAUUUCCCAUUUCUUUCACGCCCCGAUGAAGUUAACUUGCAUCUUCAGCUGCAUUUGAGACGUGUUGGGGUAGAAGCACGGCCAGAUUUGGUUCAGGUAGUUCCAAGAGGAGGUAAUGACAGCGGUCCUCAUGAAGAAAAGGAUGAAAGAGGUGGUGAUGACGACACACACAAGGAUAACAAUGCACGGAAUGAAAGUUCACCUUCCGAAAGUCAAAUACCUCCAGCUCCAGAUAGUUCGGAAUCUCAUAGUUUAGAGGACCAGCUUCUUAGUAAUGCUAAAGCUUGUUAUUUGGAAAAUGAGAUGCUUUUAUCAACUCGUGGAGAAAAUAAUGUACUUGUGGUGGUCGUUGCGAUAUCACUAUGGUACUUUGAGAUGAUUUAUGUAACUUUCUCGAGGUCAGACUUGAUGGAAGCUGGUUCUCGUCACCUGCUGCCAUUGAUACCAAACUGGUAGGAGUAACUGGUCUGCUGCACACAUAGAUGGGCAUGAACGUUUUGUUGUGUGCAAUGUGGCCCCUCGGUCUUUGUUUCACGGUUUCACUAAAUUCUUUUUUUUUUUCACUUUUUUACAUUUGAACUCUAUAUGUUUGUAAACUUUUACUAUCAGAUUUGUCAAUUUGUUAAGGCUGGAAUAUUGUAGUUACUGGAAAUAGACCAGGCAGAUUUUCUGAAA